UCCCCUUAUCUGUAUCCUCUCUUUUUGAUGAAAAACUCCUCCACAAAUAAACCAGGUCCUUUUUAUUUAUUUAUUUUAUUUUAUUUUAUUUAAAGGUAUGUUAUCCCUCAUUUAGACCCUCGUGUUCCAACUUCCAAAGCUUCUUCCCGAAGGAAUUCCCCUCAAAUAAAACCCAUGCUUUAAAAAUUAAGCAAAACGAGGAAGGUGAAUUAAUGUGCCACCGUUUGAAAAGUCGUCUCUUCACCUACACGCUUCCAUUCACCUCCAAGACGCUUCCCUACUUUCUCACUACACUACUACGUUCGUCACCUCUCUCUACCCAACAACCCAAUAUUGUUUGCACCCCACAUUCUAAUUUACGUUUCGAUAACUGAUAAUCCAUCUGCCUCUAUCAUUAGUUUAACAAGCAGCUUUAAAGGGUCCUGAAGUCAUAAGGGUUUUAAAAUUUCAACUGGAAAUAAAUCUAUAAUCUGAAACCUCUCUGUUAUAAGGACUCCCCCGUAUAUUCAUCAUCAACAAAGAUCCUCUUGUAUCCAGAUCAUUUUACAUGGAAAGCUGCCAAGAAAAUGUGGUCACCCAGACAAUCAGAGAGGUCAAUAGGCCGAAUAGUUAUUGCACAUCCGAGCGAAGGUGAAAGAUAUUACCUUAGGAUUCUGUUGUCAAAAAUCCGUUGUCCUAAAUCAUAUGAUGAUUUGAAAUUUUUUAAUGGACUCAAAGUUGCCACGUUUCGAGAAUCGGCGUUGCUCCGUGGAUAUUUGAUUGAUGACAAUAGUCAACAGUUGUGUUUGCAGGAGGCAUCCAUUUUCCAUAUGCCAUAUGAGUUACGAAGACUAUUUGCAACCAUCCUUGUUUACACGUGUCCAAAUAAUCCCCGCCAACUGUGGUCAUCUUUUGAAGACAUGAUGUUGGAAGAUCUUGUAAAUUCCAACAAAUACACACAUAGAGAGGCGAGAAAGCAUGCGCUACAACAGGUUGAUUUCUUCCUUCAAUCAAUUGGAAGGCAGCUUCAUGAAUUUGAUGUGCUACCCCAUGAUUUUUCGUACAAUGAUUUACAGGAUGAAACAAGAGAUAUUAGAGCAGAAAAAAGUAUAAUUGUAUCUGAGGCUGAUUUGAGAGCAAUAGAAAACUUGAAUGAAAAACAGAGAAUAGCAUUCAAUGAAAUUAUUGAAAGAGUCAACUGUAAGAAAAGUGGAGCAUCUUUUAUAGAUGGACCAGGAGGUACAGGAAAAACUUUUUUGUAUAGAGCAUUGUUGGCAAAGAUUAGAUCACAAGGUGACAUUGCUCUAGCUACUGCCACAUCCGGUAUCGCUGCAUCACUUCUUCCUGGAGGCAGGACAGCUCAUUCAAGAUUUAAAAUUCCACUUGAUUUGGCAGAAGGAUCAACCUGUAGAAUUAGUAAACGAUGUUCCUUAGCGACUUUGAUCAAGAGCUCCAACCUAAUAAUAUGGGAUGAAGCUCCAAUGGCGAAACGUUCAGCAGUUGAAGCUUUAGAUGACUUGCUACGGGAUCUUAUGGACUCAACAGAAAUUUUUGGAGGGAAAGUAGUUGUUCUUGGUGGAGACUUUAGGCAAACACUUCCAGUAGUACGGAAAGGAACUAGAUCUGAAACGAUUGCUGCUUGCCUUACAAACUCUCCGCUAUGGCGAUCACUCUCUCAGUUACGGUUAGAAGAAAACAUGAGAGCGUUACUAGAUCCAAUGUUUACUGAUUUUCUUCUGAGAAUAGGUGAUGGCAAAGAAAAUUCUGAUGACAAUGAUCUUGUAAGUAUACCCUCACGUUGGUUGAGAACAAUGAUAACAUCGAUGGUUUAAACGUCCUUAUUAAACAUGUCUAUCCAAAUUUAUCUGUAAAUUCAAUACACAACCCUUUGAACUUGAAUCGAGCAAUUCUAACUACAAAAAACAUUUUUGUUGAUGAAAUCAAUGAUAUUUUGAUAAAGAAAUUUCCAGGAGAAGAAGUAGAGUAUAAUAGUUUUGAUGAAACACUCGAUCCAAACGACCAAGCUCAUUAUGAGGAUCUUUUGCAUAGUUUGACUCCUAAUGGCAUGCCACCGCAUAAACUUAUUUUGAAGCAUAAAACCCCUAUCAUUCUUUUGAGAAACAUGAAUCCUACAGAGGGACUAUGUAAUGGCACCAGGCUAUUUUGCAAAGAUUUUAACAGGAACGUGAUACGUGCAGAGAUAGCUUUUGGAGAUUUUGCUGGAAAUGAAGUUUUCAUUCACAGAAUCCCUUUGCAGCCAACAACUGGUGAUGAAUACACUAUACCAUUUAAGAGAAUUCAGUUUCCAAUCAGGCUAUGCUUUGCAAUGACUAUUAACAAAGCACAAGGGCAAACAUUAGAUUUUGUGGGCGUGUACCUGAAAGAACCUGUUUUUUCCCAUGGCCAGCUCUAUGUAGCCCUAUCCCGAUCCAAAAAAAUUGAAAAUGUGAAAGUCCUUAUCAAACAAAAUAAUUCUUCUACAGAGACAAUAAAAACAAAAAAUAUCGUUUAUACGGAAGUAUUGGAACAUGCCAAACACCUUCACAACUAAAACACCUCAAAUUAAAGUUGUCCUGUUAAUAUAGAUUUCAGAUUUCUCGACAAAAAUGAUGCCUACAAAUCGCUAUCAGAACCUACUUACAUUGUAAAAAACAACAUCAACUCCUCCUCACAACACGUGGCCUCUCCUAUUUCCAAGUUCCUUCUCUUGCUGCCACCUUCAUCAGCUUUCUGAACUUGUACUUCUAGAAACCCACUUUUAAAAACCCAGGUACUUUGUUGUCUCAAUUAAAUCAUGUACAUUUGAAUUAUCCGGUCUUCUGCCUCUUCUUUUCGAUCUACAUACCAGGUAUUUAUCUUUUCUUUAACAUCAUCUGUCGCACAGAUGAAUGCAUGUUUCUUUGUAUUAGUUUUUUUUACUCCUUCCCUGCAAAAAACAUCGCACAGAUGAAUGCAUGCAUGUUUCUUAGUAUUAGUAUUUUUACCCCUGCAAAAAACAUUGCACGUUUAGCUUUAUACUUCCAUACAACAUUUACUUUUCAAAUUUUUUAUGCAUGUCGAUUUCUGGUCGCUUCUUUCCCGUUUAUUUCACCUCGGUUUGCAAAACGACUUUUUUUAUCUUUUGUAAACCAAAAAUUCUUUUCAUCUACUCUCAAAGAAACAAUGGACAAUGUGCUUUCUACCCAAAUUUCUGGUUCAAAGUUUUUUUUUUUUACCAAAACUAACAAAUGGACAAUGUGCUUCUUUGCAAUUUACAUACAGAUAUUUAUCUUUUCUUUAACAGUAUCGAUCGCACAGAUGAAUGCAUGUCUAUUAGUAUUAGUUUUUUCACCCCUUCCUUGAAAAAACAAAUGCACACUUAGCUUUAUACUUCCAUUCAACAUUUACUUUUCUAAUUUUUUUUAUGCAUGUCGAUUUCUGGUCGCUUCUUUCCCGUUUAUUUCACCCCAGUUCACAACACGAUUUUUUUUUUAAUUAUCUUUUGUAACCAAAAAAUCUUUUCAUCUACUCAUAAAGAAACAAUGGACAAUGUGCUUUCUACCAAAUUUCUGGUUCAAAGGUUUUUACCAAAACGAACACUUUUGCGUAUAUUUCUUCUUUUUUUUGCUGUAAAUAAAAAAUCCGUCCCACUUUAUAACGGUUUUCAUUUUUUUCUCAACAUUACGUUUUUAGCAAUGCAUCUAAAUUUUUAAGGUUCUAACCUAGCAAUUUCAUGAGGUUUAUCUUCUUAAUGUUGCUUAUGAAACUGCCUAAUUCGUUAAACUCCGUGUUUCUUAUCGUUUUUACCUUUUCUGGAUGUAACUAUCUACGUUUCUUACGGUUUCAUGUGCUAUUUCACUCUUGCAUGGGUAUGUGCAUCUCAUAUGGAACGAUUUCACUAACACCUGACAUCAGCUAGACGAUAUAAUUAGUUUGAGUUGUAUUAGGUAGAAACAAACUUCAUCUUCAUUCGUGAAACAACAUGCAGGCAAGUACUAUGGAUAGAGAUCAGUGGCAAAUCUUGGACAUCACCCCACACCUGAAGAAAAAAUGGACAGUGCUUAUACAAGUUUUAGAACCUGGGCACAAAGAAGAUAGCAAAGUUGGCGGCAAAUUCAGAAAGCUCUUACUCGUUGACUCUCAAGGGACACAAGUCACUGGCAUGAUCUAUACCAAUCAUGUCAAGUUUUUUUAGAACAGUUUGAUGGCAUAUAAACGCUACCAUGUAUCAAAUGCUGUCCUAAAGGCAACGAAACCUAAAUUUCGUCUCAGUUCAUAUGUCUACUCAUGGACAUUCAACACUAACACACUUGUUGAAGAAUACCCAGAAUCUGUUCCACCUCCAUUACAAUGUCAAUUCCAGUUUACCCCUUUUAGUGAAUUGCACAAACAUGCUGAAACUGAAACUUACCAAUGUGUCAGAGGUGUUGUUAUCAAAUGCUUCCCGACUGAUGUAAUAUCUCAAGAACCAGAUCUGAAAACAAAAAAAGAUGUGAUUAUCGUCAAUGAAGAAAAAAAACCAGUCAUACUUUCUUUGUGGAACUCAAUUGAGAAGAAUGAAGGUCGUUUGCUGGAUCAAAUAUGUGAGACGGGACCACUAAUAUUUGCUAUGCGUGUCAAAGUGACUACCUUUAACGGUCUAUCAUUAAGCACGAGAAUGGGCUCUGCAAUCAUGAUUAAUCCACCUGUGACAGAAGAUCUUCAGCUGCAGAAAUGGUACAACAAGAACAAAACAGAACUUAAGGAAUUACUUCAAAAGAAAGCGUACAAAGACACUGAGAUUUUACUUCCAUAUCCAGAAGAGAAAGACAUAGUUCCUAUCGCUAAAGCAAUCGCAAACUUCAAAUAUCGGAAAGCAACAUGGAUAAGAGGCAGGCUGCGUUUACCAACCCAAGAUAGAAGCUUCUCACACACAGCAUGUUCAAAUUGCUUAAAAUCAGUUGAAGCAGACAUGAACUGGAAAAUCAAAUGCCAAUCAUGUAAAAUGGACUCCGAGAUACAAGUAAUCUUGAGAGCUACAGUUGAUAUUGAUGAUGGAACUGCAUCAAUUCGUGUAUGUAUAUCAAACCCAGACAUCCAAAAGCUCAUUCCAUUUACACCAAAUGCAGUGAAGGAGGCUGAAGAUAGUGGAAAGGAUAUGCACGAUUUAAUAGCAGCAUCCAUUCAAACCAUGUCAGUUGUUGGAUUCAUACGUUCAUAUGAGACAACAUACAACCAACAAUCUACCACAAGAAUUAGUAUUGUUAAAGCACACAAGGUCACAAACAAUGCAUCUCUGGCAUCAACUGUUGCUGCAGAAACAUAGGGUUCCAAACAGCCACACACCCUCGGUCAAGGAACAUCCAAAGAAGAGGCGACACAAACCCACACAUCCAACAACACAUACCCAGCAGCCAUUGGUAAUGAAGCAACACAAGAACUGAAACACCCACCAACAGUUAGUGAAGGAACAAGCAAAGGAGAGCCCCCAAGUGAAGGAGCACUUAAACGAAAGCAUCCACAAUCUGAAGCAUACAAGGAGACAGAAAGUUUGGAUGGUAAAACACCAAGGGAAACCAAGAAGAUUAAAUAAACAUGGAAGGAAGAACUCAUGUCCCAAGUCUUUUGCGUUUUGAAAAUCCAUCGUAACUAUGCAGCAAAAAUCGCUGAUGGCGGACCAUCCUUGAAGAUUGGAAUUCGCAAGAUCUUUACUUUUUUGUAAAUCGCUUCAAUUGUUUGUCUUUUGAAAUGUACAUGCAUGUGAAGCAUUAUGUUGUCUAGAAACAUCAGACCUGUAAAGGCCAUCCUUCAAACUAGGAUCUCGCAACACCUUUUGUUUAAUUAUGUAAACCGCUUCAACUGUUUAAGUGUUUGAAAUAUAGCUGUGAAGCAAUAUGUUGUGUACAAACAUCAUAUCUGCAAAUAAACUGUGCUACU